CCCGCCACCAUGCUUAUGGUGCGUUUAAGGAACAGGUACCACUACCUACAUCAGGAGCGGCUCACCGCUGAGCUGCUGCCGUUGACCCUCCGUCCUCCAACCCGCGGUGGAAACAUGGCUCUGAGCCUCCUGGAAAAGGCGCAGUCGUGGCUCUUCAGAGCUGUCACGGCCCUCUUCUUCGCGAUUUUCCAGCUCCUGUGGACCCAGAGACCCGCUGCCUCCGCGAGGAAGCUGCCGCCCGCCGGCAACCCGCUGCUGCUCCAGUCAGCGACGCAGCUCGCCAGGAGGAUCCGGAGAAAAGAGGUGUCCAGCGUGGAGGUGGUGCAGGCCUACAUCGACAGGAUCCAGGAGGUCAACCCUUUCAUCAACGCCGUCGUGAAGGACAGGUUUGCAGCUGCCCUCCAGGAGGCGGCUCAGGUUGACAAGCUGAUAGAGGAGGAGACGGGAGGGGAGGAGGUGCUGGAGGACAGGCUGCCUCUUCUGGGAGUCCCGCUGUCGGUCAAAGAGUCCUUUUCCCUCCAGGGCAUGCCCCUGACGACGGGGCUGAUGUCCAGGCGAGGAGUCGUGGCCCCCGUCGACGCUCCCCCCGUGGCCCUGCUGAAGAGAGCCGGCGCCGUGCCGCUGGGCGUCACCAACACCAGCGAGCUGUGCAUGUGGCUGGAGUCUCACAACCACCUGUACGGCGUCACCUGCAACCCGUACGACCUGGAGAGGAUACCAGGGGGGAGCUCAGGAGGGGAGGGCAGCAUCCUGGCGGCGGCCGGCGCCGUCGUCGGCGUGGGCUCAGACAUCGGCGGCAGCAUCCGCAUGCCUUGUUUCUUCAAUGGGAUCUUCGGCCACAAAACCACUCCAGGUGUGGUGUCCUGUGAGAACCAGUACCCGCCCCCCUCUGGCAGACAGAUGGAGUACCUCAGCACUGGUCCCAUGUGCCGCUACGCUGAAGACCUGGUGCCCAUGCUCAAGAUCAUGGCAGGACCCAACGCGCACAUGCUGUCCUUAGACGCAGACGUGGACCUGAAGAAGCUGCGGUUCUUCUCCAUCCCCCACGACGGCGGCUCCCCCUACACGCACCCAGUCAGCAGAGAGCUGCUGGACAUUCAGAGGAAGGUGGUGGAGCGUCUGGAGGCGGACCUCGGAGUCAGAGUGCAGCGGGUGUGUCUACCCGAGCUGCGCUACGGCUUCCAGAUCUGGGACACAUACAUGGGUCUACCUGACAAGGAGGGCAAGCCUCCUCAGGCCUUUGCUGAGCUGAUGGGUGAGCCGGGUCGACCUGCGUGGGCUCUCUGGGAGCUGCUCAAACGGAUGGUGGGAAAAUCCGACCACACAAUGCCCGCCAUCAUGCUGGCCCUGCUCGAGAUGACCCACUUGUCCAAACCGUCCCCUUUCAUCAUCCGGCAGAAGGAGGAGCUGCAGAGGAAGAUGGAUGAGCUGCUGGGCACCGACGGCGUGCUGCUUUACCCAUCUCACCCCAGAGUGGCCCCCAAACACCACCACCCCCUCUUCAGACCCUUUGACUUUGCCUACACCGCUAUUCUGAACAUCCUCGGGCUGCCCGUUACCCAGUGUCCUCUGGGUCUGGGCGCGGAGGGCCUUCCUCUGGGCGUGCAGGUCGUGGCCGGGAAACUGCAGGACCGUCUAACCCUCGCCGUGGCGCUCUACCUGGAGAAGACAUUUGGGGGAUGGAGGGACCCUGGAGCAAAGUAAAGACCCUCCCCCGACAGACUGUUGGUGCUUUAGGGAGAGGAUCACAGUAUCCUCGGUCCGCCCUGCCGCCGCCUGCUGCUGCUGCUGCGCACCGCCACAAGGAGGGACUCGUUUAAGUUUGUUUUUAUCUGUUAAGAAUCGGAGGGUUUUGGUUCACAGGCUUAAAUAAAGGCUGAGAGGAGACGUCAAAUCAUUCACAUUUUCACAGAAGAGCAGGUUUUUGUCUUGAGGACUUGUUACUCUGCCACAUUUCACUUGUUUUAUGACCGCAGCUUGCACCCUACUCCAUAAACCCUCAGUCAGGAAUCGAAACGUUGACACCGUUUAGAAAUGAAGUUUAACACAUAAAACAGUAAAUCUGUCAGCAGCUACUGACCAAAGUGCGUCAUAGAGAAGAAACAGGACGGUCCGCUUGGCUAGAAAAAUGAAACAUAAAGGUUGUUGUACGCUGACGAUGCUAAUUGUUAAACAUUAACACGAGAAACUAAACUUACCGGGCCUCAGCGGCGGAGGCGAUGAAGGCAGAGAAAAGGAAAUGGCACAACCUUCGCUGCAUGACGAUACUGGCGAUCAUUGUCUGGGGAUGUUUCUUAUUUUACAGGUUUUAUAGGAACGAUGCUUCAAAUCGGCUGGUUUAUUCUGAUUCUCCGUCCACAGCCAAGCCGAGUUAUCAUCAUGAAGGAGCAUUCGAUUUACACCACAAGGAUAAAAUGUCCUCGCAGCAACAGUGGGAAAACGUCUUAACGUUGGGCUUUUAAUGAUGCGUUUAAUUUUCUUUUCUUUGGGCUGAAACAGAUGCUGAAUUUUAAAAACAGGAAUUUGGUGCACCAGUCUGAAUUUACACACAGAGUCAAUAUCAUACAUACACGCUCUAAUCUUUGGAUGGCUGCAGAGGAGCCCCACGCUUUCUGUAGCUUCAGCACCGUCCUUAGCUCCUGCUGGAUAUUUGAGCGCUCUUCCUGGCGGGACUCACCCUGUACUGGUUCAGCUUUUAAGUUUAGUCUAUGAAAUACUUAACAGGGCUGAGGUCAGGCCCAUUAAGCCACUGGACCCGCUUCAUUCCUGCCAGGAGCAGUUUUCAUGUGCCAUUCGGGGUCAUUGUGCUGUUUGAAGAUCUGCUUGUAUCCGAUUUUAACCGUCUAGCGUCUGACCGGAGGUGAAGUGGAACGAGUUUGAAACCGUCCUCCAUGUCACCGCGGUCAGACCAGAACACGGUCCUCCAGAAGGUGUUUGGUUCUCCGUCUGGGCGGCAGCAAAUAUCUUCCUUUCAUCCAAGUGUGACCGUUCAGGGAGCCGGAACAAGACAAUGAUCCCAAACACAUUAAAAUAUGGGUGUGGUUGGAUAAAGCAAGCUAACGGCAAGCUUCUGGAACAGCGCCUAUAGGUAACACACAAACAACAUGCCUAAAAGCCUCCUGGCUAGGAAACCAGCUAAUUUAGAUGGACCCUGCCAGUUCUGAUAAGAGUGGUCACUGAAAAACAACGAUCUUAUUGAUUUCAUGAAUAAAACAAAACAUUCCAGGGAAUUUAAACCAUCCAUUGGUGGGGGGUGUAUGUAUACAUUUGAGCUUGUGUGAAGAAUGUACGACUUAUCUGAAUUGUAGAAAAUCUACAUUAAAUAACAUCUGCAACAGC